CGACCCGCGGGGCCGCCAUAAAGGGGCUCCUGCAGCCCCUUGGGCUGUUCCGCGUACCGAGGUCCUUCCCUUGCGUUGUUCUCUCGGGGACGGCGCUGCGGGAGCGGCCGGUGGGUCGAGUGGGCGCCGCGCCCGUGAGGCCGUUGCGGGAUGCAAGACGAGCGAAAUUGAAUUAACCUGCAGUAACAGAUUAACGGCCAGCAGCGAGGAUUUUGCACCUGGAAGAAAGUUGCACCUCCUUCUGUUUAAAAGUUCGCUUGAGCUGCUUGUUCUCAGCAGUGCUGGUUGCGGUGGAGCUGAGCUCACAUAGCAAUGGGCCAAGCAGCUGCCAAACCUGCAAGCCCAAAAUCUGCAAGAACAUGCCAGACUGUUAUGGGUAGAAGACAUGGAAGAAGACAUACCUGGGUUGGCUUUAGACCACUUUGGAAUAGUGAAGAUGGAGAUGCGCAUCAACCCAACAAAGACUUCAAACAAUUAGACCUGGAGGAUGUUCAGGAAGAGAAUUCUUUAUCUUUCUCUGAAAGUUCCAGACCACUAGUUCAAGUUCCUCCAGCUUUAUUAGAUAAGCCUUUGUCAGAAAAUGCUGGAACUAGAGAACCCAUUUGCCAAAAUGUGUCAAGCCAAACUUCUGAAGUGAACAGGCCACCAUUUUCUGUAGUCUGUACUGGUCUGGAAGGUAAUGAAAUCUCACAAAACUUUAUGAAUCCUGAUGAAAAUUCUGAGGACUUUGCAAAAAACACAUCUGGAAGACAUAAUGAUUUGAAUGGUAAGAAUGGAAUUGCUUUUGUAAACAUUGACUCCUAUGAGCCAGAUAGCAGUGAUGGAGAGGAAGAUGAUGCUGAAGACAAAUGCUCUUCAGUAAAAGAUGUAACAUGUCUCAUUCAGGGAAGAAUAGAUAACAUACUUUCUCAAUGUGAAAAAGAUGUGGAAUGUCUUACGGACUUAGAGUCACGACUGUCUGCUCUCAACUACAGUGUUUCUAGAGAAAAUUGUGAAGGAGCAGGACCAGUGCUUUUGGCAUGUCCAGACAAUAGGACACUUACAUCCACUGAAGAUCAACCUAUAUCAAAAAGUAACCUGAGUGGCACCAGCUGUGAAACACAGCAGAUAAAUAAUAUAGUGAAUGUUGGAAUUGGAACCCCUGUUGCUGAUGUACUGAAUGUCACUGAUGGAAAGGCUGACCAAGAAAAGUCAUCUGGGCCAGUAGUGAGACCUAAAAUUAGAACACGAAAUACUGCAAGCCACCUAGAAGGAGAAAAGCAACUCCCUAAUGAUGAUGAAGAGGAAAAACGCCUUUCCUCUCCCUGGAAGAGAAUUGGAGUUGCUGAUGGCCAGCAUUGCCAUCCUGAGUGUCCCUUGAGAGACAGCAAAGAGAUAAGUUCUGGUAUGUUCUUUCUCUCAAGAGUGCGUGGUGAUCAAAAGAACACAGAAAGAGACCUAGGAAAAAAUGCAGCAACUCAAAACCAAAAAAGUUUUCAAGAUGAUAGCAGUUUUUGGGACGAGUCUGAAGACUCCAACAGAUACUACUUAAUGUCCCAUGAAGAUGAAGACAGCUCAGAAUGCAGCGAUGGAGAAUGGGCUACGGCUAUGCCUGCCUGUUUGACUACUGUGGAACAAGAGCAGUCCUCCAGUGAAGAAAGCUGGGAGACUCUCUCGGGCAGGGAUGAAUGUGAAGUGCAGAGCAUCACCCGUGAUGUUAAAGAAGAGAACACAAACUGCGGUUUCCAGGAAGGGGAGGAAGGUGAGCUUGUUUGGUUUCAGUACCAAGAAGAAGUAGAAAGUAGCAGUGAUGAAGAAAAUUAUCCAAUUAAUGAUUUCAUUCAUCCUGCAUUCUUCCUGUUCAGUGGAAAUAACAACUUUGAGGAUGACUCCAGUGUGAGUGAAGACAUGGAUGUGGAGUGGAGAACACUUGAUGAGUUUGAAGUCCUAGGACUUGCUCUAGACAUACCUUAUGUGAACCCUCAACUUCUCACAUUUGUGGCACUAGAGGGACGCUUAGAAGCUAUGGAGGCUGCUCUGGCACAGUUGGAGUCUCUUGCCAUUGAUGUUGAACAGACUCAUCCACCAGCUACUAAGGAAACCAUAGAUUGUCUGCCAGUGGUUCUCAUCACAGGUCAAGAUCAGAGUUGUACGAUCUGUUGCAGUGAAUAUGUGAGAGGUGAAUUCGUGGCAGAACUGCCCUGUCAUCAUUUGUUUCACAAACCUUGUGUAACUCCUUGGUUGCAGAGAAUAGGUAGUGGCCUUCCACUCCUCUCUGCUGCCAUCAGCUGAGGGAAUUCUCUGACUUGGUGAUGAGCACAAAAAUGGACAAUUCGUUAAGCAAAUUAGCAGCUAAUCAUUCAAAAGUCACAGGUAAGUGCCCAUUUAAGAAUAUCAUCAAUACCUUGGACCAAAGAGGUGUACUCACAGCAAGGAAGACAACUUCCCAAUGAGUACGAAGUUGGGACAAAAUGCCAGGAGGAAUGUAUGGAUAAACAAAAAGUUCCUGGACAAAUUCAAAUACAAAAUUAGGUAAUGGGAGGAACAGAGAAACCUGUCUGAGGAUGAAAAAUGUCUGAGGAUCCAGAGAUGAAGUUAAGAAGGACAAAGCCCACAUGGGAUGGAAUCUGGCCAGGGGUGUCAAGACAACAAACAGGGUUUCUGUAUGUAGGUGACAAAAGGAAGGCUAGGAAAAAAAAUGUGUGCCCACUGCUGAACGAGGUACAGCACUCAGCAACACAGGACACGGAGAAGGCUGAGGCACUGAAUGCUUUCCUCACCUCAGUCCUUGCUAGCAAGACCACCCUUCAGGAAUCUCAAGCCCCACAGAUCAGGUGGAAAGGCUGGAGCAAGGAAGAUGUGGUGGAAGAGGACUUGGUCAGGGAAUACUAAAUAAACUGGCCCUGAUGGGAUGCACCCAUGGGUGCUGAGGUAGUUGGCUGAUGUCACUGCAAGGCCACUCCCAAUCAUCUUUCAUCCAUCAUGGGGACUACUGGGAGAAGUACCUGAAAACAGGAGUAAAGCAAAUGUCACUCCUGUGUUCAAGAAGGAGCACCUUGGGUACUGCAGGCUGGGCAGCAUCACCUUGUUCCCUCGUAAGGUGAUGGAGUAGCUAAUGCUGGAAACAAUUUCCAGGAAUCUGAAGGCUGGGAAAGUCAUGAGGAGCAGUCAGGCUGGAUUCAGUCAUGCUUGACCAGUUUGAAAAACUCCUACAAUGAAAUAAGUGGCCUGGUAUAUGAAGGAAUUUCACUAAGGCUUUCAAAACUGUCUCCCAUAAAAUCCUCACCAAGACACUGUUGAAUUAUGGGCUGGAUAAGGAGGUGGAGUGAAAACAGGCUGAACAGUGAGUCCUGAAAGGAGGUGAUGAGUGGUACAAAGACUGGUUGAAGGUCAGUAACUAGAGGUGUACCCCCAGGAUCAGUACUGGGUCCAAUCCUGUGUCACAUCUUCCUUAAUGAUCUGGAUGAUGGGGCAGGUUUGUACCCACCAAACUGGGAGGUGGAGCUGAUACACCAGAGUGUUGUUCUGCCAUCCAGAGGGACCUGGACAGACUGGAGAAAGGGGCUUGCACCUGGAGAAGAAGAAGCCUGAGCACCGAUAAAUGCUGGGGGCUGUCCAGCUGGAAAGCAACCUGAUAGAAAGGGAUCUGCAGACCCUGGUGGACACCAAGGGAUGAACAUGCAUCAGCAACGUGCUCCUCCAGUAGAGAAUGCAAAUGGCAUACUGGGCUGCAUUAGAAGGAGUGUUGCAGCAGGCUGAGGGAGAUCAUCUGUACCCUCUGUUCAGCACUGGUGGGGCCACACCUAGAGUGCUGGUCCAGGGCUAGGCUUCCCAGAACAGGACAAACAUGGACAUACUGGGGAGAGUCCCCUCAAAGGUCAACAAGAUGACAGAGACAAUGGAGCAUCUCUCCUAUGAGGAAAUGCUGAAUGAACUCGAACUGUUCAUCCUGGAGAAGUACAGGCUCAGGGAGAUCUAACCAAUGUAUAUAAACAUCUGCAGAGGGUACAAAGAACACAGAGGCCAGGCUCUUUCCUGUAACAGGACCAGAGAUGAUGGCCACACACUUAAACACAGGAAAUUCCUCCUGAACAUCAGGAAACAUUUUCAGUUGUGAGGGUGACUGACCACUGGCACAGGAUGCCCAGGGAGGUGGCAGCAUCUUCAUCCCUGGAGAUAUGCAAAAGCCAUCUGGACGUGGUUCUGCUUGAGCUGGGCGGUUGGACCAGAGGACAUUCAAAAGUCCCUGCACAUGUCAGCCGUUCUUUGACUCUAUGUUUUUAACUCUUUGUUUUAAAUCAUUUAGCAGUGUUACUACCUUAGAGCCUAUUUGUAAAUAUUUACAAAUUACACACUAGUACCAUGUAGAAGAGGAAGAGUUCUGAAAUGUCAAUAAAGGUAAUGAAAAAAAAAUCAAAGUCCUGAAAUCCUGCUCAUAGUUAUUUGCUAUUUUAAGCAAAGCCUUUUGAUUAUUUUAUAAAAGACAAAUGUGGCUUCCAACACUCAAAUAGCUUACCAUUCUCUACCAUAAUUGCUCAAUCUUUCUAUGAACUGCUUUAAUACAGAAGAUGGAAUGAUAUGGUUUUUUCUGGCAGUUUAGAAUAUUUAUACUUGCAUGAGUCUAAUCUUAAAUAAUUCAUUCUGGUCAAGCCUCUGCUUUGCACAGCAGUAAAUCUCUCUUCUCCAUCUUACCUGUUGGUCCUGCAACAGUGAAAGUUAGCAUACUGUAAGUCUGCCAUCCUUUAAGUUACUGGUCAGUAUAUUCCUUUGAUCAAAAGGCCGAUAUAGCACUCUACUCCUCCCAGAGAGCUCCAUUCAGCAAUUUAGAAAAUCUCAUAUUAAUUUUCAUGAUGCUGUUACACAACUUGUAUUGUUAUUUCUUUGCUGUUUUAUACUGUAUGCACUACAUCCUUAUGGAUCUACACAGCACUUCUUUCACUCCCUAUAAAUAUUUACCUUUCUCAA